UCUCAGCUCGAGGAACGGCCGCCCCGCCCCAUCAUGCGAGGGUUCUGGAGCCAAGCGAUUACCCUUGCGGUAAUUCUUCAAAUCGCUCUAGUGUCAAGCAAAGCAUUAAUACAACAAAAUCAACAAACACAGCAACAGUUGGAACAGAAGCCACAAAAUGUGAAUGCAGCACAAAAACGUGUUGGUUACGACUACCCCGCGCCUCCGCACGACCUGAUCAACCCGUUUCAGGAUCAUGACGACCUCCACGCUCAUGGAGAUCAUCACGAGGUGAUCGAUCACGAUCAUCUCGACCACGAUCACCACGACCACCACGACGUCGAACAUUAUGACCAUCACGAACAUCACGAUGAGCAUCACAUUGAAGAGCACCAUGAAGAGCACCACGACCAUCAUGAUCACCACGAUCCUGGAUACUGGAAGAAAAAAUUGAUAUGGAAGCCAGGUUGGAAAAAGAUAUGGAAACCAGCUAAAAAACAAAUAUGGAAGCCAUCGUGGAAGAAAAUAUGGAAGCCAAUUUGGGUUCCCACCAAAAUUCCUGUUUGGAAAGAAAUUAAAGUACCAGAUUGGAAAAAGAUAUAUAAACCUGAAUGGAAACCUAUAAAAGUACCAGCAUGGAAAGAAAUUAAAGUUCCUGAUUGGAAAAAAAUUACUGUUCCAGUUUACAAAGAUAUAGUCGUACCGGGAUGGAAGGACAUUCAAGUUCCAGCUUGGAAAAAGAUUUUUGUCCCUGAGUGGAUUAAAGUUGGUGUGCCUGGUGAGAAAUAUCUAGGCAAAGAUCAUGAAGGUUGGGAAUACACAUCUCACGAUCUAUGGAAGAAAAAGUUAAUCUGGAAACCUGUUUGGAAGAAAUAUUGGAAGCCUGCCAAGAAACAAAUAUGGAUUCCCGAUAAGAAACUCGUUUGGAAAGACGAAUGGAAGCAAAUCUGGAGAACAGAAAAGAAACAAAUCUGGGUCGAUGACAAGAAAUUAGUAUGGAAAGAAGCUUGGAAACAGAUUUGGAAGCCAUCGAAGAAGCUUAUCUGGGUACCAGACAAAAAAUUGGAAUGGAAGGAAGCUUGGAAACAAAUUUGGAUUCCAGACUGGAAGCAAAUUUGGGUUCCAGGUGUGAAGAAAAUUUGGAGGCCGGUAUGGAUAUCAGAAUGGUUUCCGUCGCCAGAUCACCACGAGCAUGUCCACGAACCACAUGGUUGGGACCGAAGCGACAAUAAUACAGCAAGCCAAAAAUUAGUAGCAGCUAAAGAGGCUCCCAAACAACUGGCACCUAAACAGUCGGAACAGGCCACGUGGCAGUUCCCUAAAUAGUGCAUGUACUAUUUAGCCAGUAUUGUAAUUUUAAACACUUAUGAGUCGAAUAAGUUCAAUAUUUGGGCAGUUGUAUGUCCUCGUCGACUGUUGGCCCGGAGCUUGGACCUCCUUGAUC